AGAGAGAGACUAGAACUCAACUCACAGACAGGACAGAGAGAGAGAGAGAGACUAGAACUCAACUCACAGACCGAGACAGAGAGAGAGAAAAUAGUGAAAACCUUUGUAGAUCUCUGAAGAAGUGAAGCUACAACUGAAGACUUCAGAAGGAGACAAUCACCAUGGCGAUUUUGACCACUCUUCUGCUUCUCAGCGCUGUCUUUGCUCUGGGAGAUGCAAGGGGUAGGAGAGGGGAUCGGCAUAAUCACUGUGACUCGGAGGAACACAUUCCUCCUCCGAAGGAUCCGUACGACUCAGAGGAAAACAGUUCUCCUUCGGAUGAACACAUUCCUCCUCCGACAGAUCAUUCUGACUCGGAUGAGCACAUUCCUCCUCCGACAGAUCAUUCUGACUCGGAUGAGCACAUUCCUCCUCCGAAAGAUCAUUCUGACUCGGAUGAGCACAUUCCUCCUCCGAAAGAUCUGUCUGAUUCAGAAGAAAACAUUCCUCCCCGGAAAGAGUGGCAUCGCAGAGUCUGCCCAAACGGCUGGCCCAGAUAUAAGACACACUGCUAUCACUACGUCCCCUUCAUGACCACAUGGCCAGAGGCAGAGAGGAAAUGUUUGCGCUUGGGAGGUAACCUGGCAUCAGUGCACAGCCUUCCCCAGUAUCGUUUCCUUCAGUCUGUCAUCAGGAAGAGUACCAGGAAAGCUCAGCGCACCUGGAUAGGAGCCAACGAUGCCAUCAAGGAGGGUCUCUGGCUGUGGAGCGACGGGUCCAGGUUUAACUACCAGAACUGGGGCCCGGGUCAACCCUCUAACUAUAACCAUGGUGUUAUUAAGGACAACACGAACGGCCGGGAGCAUUGCAUGGAGAUGAACUAUGGAGCUUCUCGCUGCCAGAACGAUGCCCCUUGCUGGUUUACAUUUCCCUUCCUGUGUUCCAGAAAGUUGUGAUGUCCACAUUUUGGGAGAGAUGAUCUCUAAAGAUGAGAUUGUUUUAAAUAAAGGCACCAUCUGCAAUGUUACCUUUUGUUCAGUGGUCAUUUAUACAAAACAAAACACCAGCUGGAUCCAACUACUAAACUCUGUAGUAAAUAACAUCUUUGGUAAAAUAAACUU